AUGGUUAGGGACACAUGCAACUGUGGAAAACAAGUAUUGAUGAUGAUAUCAUGGACAGAUUUAAACCCAAAAAGAAGGUUUUGUCGAUGUCCAAAUUACAGGGUGAUUCCAUUUCCAUUAUAUCGGAAUCGGGGGAUGCAGGUAUUGGGAUUAGGUGAUCCUGAGAUGUGUCAAAGGUCGAAGGAUAUAAUCCCUGGACUGAUAAGAACCAAAAACAAAUUGGAGUUUGAGAUUGAGAGGUUGCAAGAGAACUCAAAGCUGCAGGAAGCAAAACUAAGAAGGCUGAAGAUGUUCUUGUUUCUUCACUGGGUUGUUGCUGUUGCAUGGAUCCUUUUGUUCAACUCUGGGCCAUAA